GAGCCCAGGCCACACGCAAAGCAUUUACAGAAUGUCUUCACAGGGUGACAACUGGCGCUUCGGGGUGCUCUCGGUCUUCCUUUUGCUGGGCCUGCUCUGUGGUCACACGGCCGAGGCAGAUGGCGAUGGUUUGACUGCCCAGGCCUGCAAUGUGAGCACCAGCAUGGCCCUCGAUCUGCAGAAGUUUUCGGGCAUCUGGUGGGAGAUUGUGCGUCAGCCGUCUGGCUCGAUGUUCUGCACUCAAAUCAAUAUCACAGUGCUCAACACGGUGGAGGACAAUGUGCUGAUCGAUACGACCUAUUCGAACACGAUUACGUAUCCGUGGGUCAAUCAGACUAUGAAUGCAACGUUGACUGCAGCGAAUGCCACCCCAGCAGCUGACGGCUACAACUUCACCUACUGGAACCCGCCUGCAUAUACGCCCUACACGGUCUUCAAGGUCUUGGAUACGGACUAUGCCAACUACGCUUUCGUUUGUGGCUACACCAAUGCCGUCGAUAACUCGACGGCCUUCGCCAUGAUCAUCGCGCGCAAUCGAACUCUCUCGACCACCUUCUUAGACAAUCUCGAAAGUGAGAGCUCCAGUCUGUAUGAUAAUUUCCUCAAUGGCAGCAUGACUUUAAUCACCCAAGACGGCACUUGCGAAGGAAAUGGCGCUGAUACGUCGACGGCUUUUACAGUAUUCUAUGCCAUUUUCGCAUUGGUUAUUUAUAUCUUAACCAAAUAGUAAUGAAAUAUUCAUAAGUA